AUGGGGGACCAUACUGAUGCACAUCAUCGCCGAGGAUAUCAGGCUUGUGAUCCGUGCAGGAAACGUAAGGUCAAGUGCGACUUAGGAAGUGUCGAUAACCCUCGCCCCCCACCCUGUGUUCGAUGCCGUCGCGAAAGUAAACGCUGUGAAUUUUCAGCAACUCGUCGCAAGCGCAAAACUUCCGAUGCAGAAGAAAAUGAAGUGGAGGCAGCGGCGAUCCUCCAUCGCGACAAGCGAAUGAUGAUUGGGGAGGUAGCCAAGAACGAAAGCCCAGUUGAAGCACCGCCAUUCGCGCCGUCUGAUCCACCUCAAUUUGACCAUGAAACCGUGCGUGCGCAGCAGAGGUGGUCUGAGGCACCGACUGCACCCGCGCCUCAGCGGUACACGCCUAGUGCUCCCAAAUCACGAGCGCCCACAUACCCUGUCAGCGAGCGCCCCGUGCCUCCCAGCUAUGGAGGGCCUUCGAUGAUGAAUCGCACAGCGGUAGAGCUCUUGUCGCCCGCAAUUACGAACACCCACGACGCUUUGCAUCUUCUAUCAGAGGCAGCGGGGAGGACAGAAGACCUCAAUCGCCAGAGUCUCGAGAAUCGCUUUGCUGCGCGACAGUCAGUCUCGUCUUUCAACUCAGGGCCCUCGCCUCUAGCACAAGGUAGCUCGCCUCGGAGCUUGGGUGGGUCCUUUGUGCGAACUCCUCGAUCAGGAAUGUCUAUGGGCGGAUCUACAUACUUCCCUGCUGGUGCUCAAGCGCCGGUAGAUCCCCAGAUAACGGACCCCGGCCCUCAAAGAGAACGCCCAGUUAACAAUGCUCCUCCUGAGCCAGCAUAUUUCGACGCCAUCAGAGCCUGGUCGCGAUUGCGAUUCGUCCGUGCUGGUUGGCUCUCAGUGGAGGAGGGGAUGGAUUAUGUGGAAUACUACUAUGAGCACCUAGCGCCGAUGAGCCCUGUUGUGAUUCCCGAUUUCUCUCAUCCCUCUACGCAUCGCACAAUGCUUACCGAUGAGCCUGUGUUGGCGGUCACGAUCCUCACCAUUGCGUCCAGACAUUUGAAACCUAAGGGCGAGGGUGCCAAUACGCGGGCAUUCUAUAUUCAUGACCGUCUGUGGGCUUAUCUACGCAGCAUGAUAGAACGUCUAUUCUGGGGCCAAGAAAAAUUUGAUGCUGCGACCUCGGGUAUUGGCCGACCUCGAUCAUUUGACCUGAGUUCCUCAGUGUCAGGCAAAGGAAGCGCCAGUGGGCAAUUGAGAUCAUUGGGUACGGUGGAAGCUAUGUUACUUCUCACAGAAUGGCACCCACGAAAUCUGCACUUCCCACCAGGUGAUGAUGAAAAUUCUCUCCUGGAUACGGAUCCUCAGACCCAAAGUCGAGCCGACAACCCCUUGGACCACGACGGCGAACAUACCUGCAGCAAAGGAUCAGAGGGAAGACUAGCAUUUCAAAAGUGGCUGGAACCCGCCUGGCGAUCAGAUCGAAUGUCGUGGAUGCUACUCAGCACCGCGCAGGCUCUGGCAUUUGAACUUGGUGUCUUCGACCCCAAAGGAGAUUCCAAGGCAGCCAAUGAGCCACCCUCUGAACAAACACGGAAACGUCGACUACGGCGUUUGAUUCUCGUGUUUAUCACACACAGCAGCGGUCGUCUCGGGAUUCCUUCUAUGCUCCCAUUGCCCCAAUGGGGACAUGACAUCACGCCGACUUCUGCUGAUGCAAAGGAUGCCGAUGCCAAUCUUGAUCGGAUGCAGGACUGCUGGAUCAGUAUCUCAAAGAUUGUCUAUCAAGCCAACCACUUGUUGUUUGCAUCCAGUGAUCAAACGAUGGAUUUGAUCAGAACUGGAAGAUACCGUGAGCAAAUCGACCGGUUCCAGCCGUAUCUAAAUGAUUUCCAGCAGCAGCUGGAUAAUGUUGAUCUUUGCCCGGCUAUGCGGAGCGUUUUGUUGAUCGAGCUCGAGUACACCCGUCUCUACAUCAAUUCCCUCGCCUUACAAGCGGUUGUCGAUCGAUGGACCACCAUGUCGAAUGAGUCCGCUCAAAGCAACAACCAGACGCAGAAUGGCCAGUCUGCAUCGGGGACCUCCAAUAGCAACAGUAGCUGGUUCCAGACGCUGAAUGAGCUCUACCGUGUCAAUGAGCACUAUAUCCAGGAAGUCAUCGAUUCCUCGCGCAAAAUUCUGCAGACAGUGUUGGAAGGCCUCGUCCCUGAGGGCCGACUUAGACAUGCCCCCAUUCGAACCUUUUUCCGAAUCCUGUCUGGAAUGAUAUUCAUCUUAAAGACUUUCACACUUGGUGCCCGAGAAGACGAUGUGAGAGUGUCUCUAGAUCUGCAGGACCGGACAGUAGAGGCACUUCGCAAUUUUGUUGUGGAUGACGUGCACCUCAGCAACACGGUAGCCCGACUCCUUGAGCUCCUCACCAGCAGCAUCCGGACGCGCUUUUUGCGCUUUGCGCCCCAUGACCGGGGCGCAGACGGGGAGGGGCACGACCGCACCUCGGUCCCAAACUCCCGACUCCAUUCACCAUCGCGCGAGAACUCAGCAUCGCGACGUGAUGGCACGCAUACAACCUGGUCCGCUAAUCGGGACCAUGACGCGACCUCCGGCGGGCCUGGUCUGGGCUAUGUGGAUCAUGGCGCUGGGCCGAUGGGCUCAGGACACGAUCCACUGGCGAACAUUCCUGCACAGCCUAUUAAUUCGUCUAACCUCAACGUAUCCUUCAUGCCACCUCCACCAUCCGUCUACCACAACUACUAUGACUCGAACACGACAUUCCCUACCAAUGAUAUAGAUGGGUCAUCGCCAAACCAGACCCCAUCACAUGCUAUGGGCGACGGCCACCAUGCCGGCGCACUUCCAGAUUGGUUUGCUCUACCUCUCGAUCAAUUCUUCAACAGCUCCACUGGAGCCGUUGAUCAGGGUCUUGGUGGGACUGGGCCCAUGCUUGGCGAGUUUGACAUGCUUGAGGUGCUUCUUAACGAGGGAUACGAUGGAAAUGCCCACGGCGAGGGCGAGAACGCAGGACUCCCAUCCCAAUUCCUGUGA